GGAAAGGGGUGAAAGGUGAAAGGUAAAAGGUGACGUGAUCUCGGCUGCAGGAAGAUGGCUGAGAGGGAGCAGCAGGCAGGCUCCCACCCUGAGGAUGAGGCUUUUCUACCCCUCGAGGGACACCACUACAUUGUCCCUAAGAAAGAGAUAAAUAUAGUGUCUGAUAUGGGCAAGUGGAAGCGCUCACAGGCCUAUGCUGAUUACAUGGGCUUCGUUCUCUCCUUAAACGAGGGCAUCAAAGGGAAGAAGCUGACCGACGAAUACAAAGUCUCAGAGGUGAUCAUCAAGCUUAUUGCUCUGCUAGACACAUUGGAUCUCUGGAUCGAUGAGACGCCACCUGUGGAUCAGCCAUCGCGUUUUGGAAACAAAGCGUUUCGCACAUGGUACAACAAGCUGGAUAAGGAAGCAGAGAAUCUGGUUUGUACGGUGAUCCCAUCACAGCUAAGUGCUGCAGCGCCGGAGGUAGCUGUGUAUCUAAAGGAAGCUGUUGGGAAUUCUACCCGUAUCGACUAUGGCACAGGUCAUGAAGCUGCUUUUGCUGCCUUCCUGUGCUGCCUUUGUAAGAUCGGUGUUCUCAAGGUAGAUGACCAGCUUGCCAUUGUGUUUAAGGUGUUUAACCGGUACCUUGAGGUGAUGCGUAAGCUGCAGAAGACAUAUCGCAUGGAGCCCGCAGGAAGCCAAGGGGUCUGGGGCUUGGACGAUUUCCAGUUUCUACCAUUUAUAUGGGGCAGUGCACAGCUUGUAGAUAAUCCCACCUUGGAGCCCAGACACUUUGUGGAUGAGAAGGUGGUAAAUGAAAAUCACAAGGAUUAUAUGUUUCUGGAAUGUAUCCAGUUUAUAACAGAGAUGAAGACCGGCCCCUUUGCAGAACACUCCAACCAGCUGUGGAACAUCAGUGCUGUCCCUUCCUGGUCCAAAGUAAACCAAGGUCUCAUCCGCAUGUACAAGGCAGAGUGUCUGGAGAAGUUCCCUGUUAUUCAGCACUUUAAGUUCGGCAGUCUGCUGCCCAUUCAACCGGUGAAGUCGUAAUCUUGUGGCCUGGAAACGAGAUACCUCCACAUUGUCCCCGGCCUGACUAUUCACACUCCUGUCUACUUCCCAUAGAACUGUCCCAGAGACACCUUGUCUAACGUUCUCCCACCUGCGUCGGAAGGAAACAGGCGCCGUCUCUACGGCUGUAAACAGGACGGAUAUGUGAAUCUCACAUAAUGCAACUGAAGAUCUUGCAUCCUAUUCCUAAAGAACAUUGUGAUGUUUCUCUGGGUACCUUAAAGGCCAGCUCAGCGCUGGGUUAGAUAAGAGAGAUAUCCAAUGCACAAGUCGGAUAACCAAGUAACAUGACUUUCACCUUAUAGGAUUGUCUGUUUAUCCUGCGCUAUAUUAUUUCUAUUUGCCUCUGACCUGUACCUGCUCAAGGGUCUUACAGGGAGCUUCAUGUCUAAGUGAGAUGGAUUAUUGGUGUCUUUAUUCCACGACAGGACACAAUCUUGCAGCAACCUGCUUUUCCAGCUGUUAUAGGGCUUGUUAGAGAACUGUUAAAAUACAAUUUAAAUGCCCAAUUGGUGUUACAUGUAUGUUGCUUUUUGUGUUUAAUAAUUAACUACCUGUUAAAUAAAGUCUCCAGGUUUAACAGAGGGGUGGUAGGAUUCAGCAUACCUUUAAACACUGUAUAUUGCUGGUAUUCAAUACAUGGUCAUCUUUAGACAUAUAAUUAAAGAAUAAUGGUAUAGAACUAAA